UCAUUUCAGCGCCGAGCUCAGUCAGUGAGGAGGCAGAGCCGAGAGAGGAGGGACCCGUGCUGCUGCUGGAGGAGGAUACAAGCCGGGAUGUUCCUCUUCGACAAACCCUGCGUUUAAAGCACGCACAUUCAAGCUGCGGGGGAGCAUAAGCAAGGCUCGUGGAUCUACCUGACGGUGCGGUGACCGGCUGACACGCAUGAGUGCGUGGCCUCUCUGAGUCCGUCUUUGUUCGGCUGUGACAGCUUCACCCGCAGUAUGGAUCAUUUAGAGAAGGAGCACAGGUCUGACGACGAGACGGAGUAUGAAGACGAGGAGGUGGACCCCAGAAUCCAGGGGGAGCUGGAGAAACUCAACCAAUCCACGGAUGACAUCAACCGAUGUGAGACGGAGCUGGAGGAUGCACGGCAGAAGUUCCGCUCUGUUCUGGUUGAGGCCACAGUGAAGUUGGACGAACUGGUGAAGAAGAUCGGCAAGGCUGUGGAGGAGUCCAAACCCUAUUGGGAGGCCCGCAGGUUGGCCAGACAGGCUCAGCUGGAGGCCCAGAAAGCCACACAGGACUUCCAGAGAGCCACUGAGGUCCUGCGGGCGGCGAAGGAGACCAUCUCCCUGGCCGAGCAGAGGCUGCUGGAGGAGGACAACCGGCAGUUUGACUCGGCCUGGCAGGAGAUGCUGAACCACGCCACCCAGCGGGUGAUGGAGGCGGAGCACACCAAGACGAGAAGCGAACUGGUGCACAAGGAGACGGCGGCCAAAUACACGGCCGCGAUCGGCCGCAUGAAGCAGCUGGAGAAGAAACUCAAACGCACCAUCAACAAGUCCAAGCCCUACUUCGAGAUGAAGGCCAAGUACUAUCUGCAGCUGGAGAACCUGAAGAAGAACGUGGACGAGCGGCAGGCCAAACUGUCUCAGGCCAAAGGCGAGUACAAGACGGCCCUCAGGAACCUGGAGAUGAUCUCCGACGAGAUCCACGAGCGGCGACGAAACUCCGCCAUGGGCCCCCGCGGGCGAGGCGUCGGCGCAGAGGGCGAUAGCGUUUCCGGAGACGACAUCUCCAACUUCAAGAUGGAGUCAGACGGAAUAUCCAUGGCGUCGGUGUGCUUCGACGACGAGGCCUGCGGUGGCAGCAGCAUCAUGUCGGAGGAGGACUCGGAGACGCGGUCCACCUGCAGCCUGGGGUCGUCUCCCAGCAGCCCUCAGGAGCUCAUGUCGCCUUGCCCUUUCGCCAGCUCCUCCUCCUCCUCCUGCACAUCCUCCUCCGCCUCUCCAUCGCCCACUCCUUCCUCCACCUCCUCCUCCUCCCCCCUGUCUCCUCUGUCCAGGCCCUGCAGCCUGGACCUUCCCAGCACCGUGUCGCUGUCCGACUUCGGCCUCAUCUCGCCGGUGCUCGGGCCUCGAAGCGAGUGCAGUGGAGCGUCGUCACCAGAAUGUGACCUGGAGAGAGGUGACCGGGCAGAAGGUGCAGAGGGGGAUCUGGACAACGCUCCGGCCACCACCACCAACAACAACAGCACCAGCAGCAGCAGCAGCAGCAGCAGCAGCUCCGCUUCCAGCAUCAAGAAGAGCUUCAGCUUGGAGGCACGCUUCAGCUUUCUGAACCUGCGGCGCCCGCGAGCCGACAGCACCAAAAACACGAACAACUGUUCCCAGAAGGCCGAGGCCGGGCAGACUGUGGUCUUGGUCAAAGGAGUCUGAAAAAAGAAAGACAACUCGUUGGAAGGAUUUUGACUCAUUCAGACACAAACUGUUCUGAGCUGUUUAUAAGCUACCUGCCACAACUGCACUCCACUCCUCCACGGUCAACUUGACUUUGAAUGUCAUCGUCGGUGUAUAUUAAAGUGUCCUGUACAUCACAGCAGCAUUGUUACUCCCAUUUCUCUUAUGAAGGACGUUGGACAUAAAGAGCACUGUUGUGUUGGUUUAAGGGUGAUGGGAGAAAAAAGAUGAAAUUAUUCAUGUUAUUUUGUGUUUGUUAUUUUUCCACUAAAAGCAAAAGUACAUUGCCUGCAUACAACCUUUGACUUGGGGGAGGUCUUCUUAAAAUGACUUUUAUCUCAUGAAUAAAUAUUAAAUGUUUAAAAAUGAUGUGGGGUGAUGUUCUGCUGUUCAGCAGUUAAUUUAAUCCACACGUGGAAAUGUUCAAUAAAUAACAGGUCUCUCAAUCUUCUGACUCCAAAAGAAAAAAGCUCUUUAUUUUCCACAUAAGCUACUUAAAGUUUAUUUCUGGUUAAUUUAAGAUUCAACUUUUCACACCUGUUUUUUUGUAACCAUGAUGAUUGUUUUAAAUUUGAUUGUCUUUCUGGUGCGCAUACAGAAAUGUUACUGAUAUGUAAACUAAAUAAAAUAACAUCACACUGCAAAUUUUAAAUAGCUGCACGUGACUACUAUUUAAAGAGUGUUUCACUACCCUCCGUGGUUUUGGUGAGGUUAACGUUAGAAGAAAUAACACACUCUUAAAAAUGAGAAGUUCAAUUCAAAUACACUGAAUUCUCUGGUAUUUGAUUGCCACAGUCUUAUUUGGUCUGGUAUGACCGGUACUUUAUGUUGGCUAAUGUUUCAGAGAUCCAACAAUUCACCUCACAUAUACAGAUUUCAGUGUUUUUAUGAGAAAAUGUAAAAAAAAAAAUCAGAGUAGGCCACAGGGGCUGCUGUUAAUUAUAUAAUAUAAAAUAUUAUGAACUGAUAUUUUCUUUCAUGGAUGUAAAGAAGCUGCUGCUUCUAAUCAGUACAAUUUUGUCAACUCACUUACUCCUUUGACAUGUUGAAACAAUCAGUUUGGCAAAAAUGGGAACAAGGUGAAGGUUGAAAAUGAAAUUAUCUUUUAGUAUAUUGCCCACAGCUCCAUCGUCCAAAUCAUGACUUGCUGCACACCCAGAACUGAGGUGUAAAACUGAAUGACUGAGGAUUUAAUUUCCUUCUCUGCUAUCCAUUUUAUGAGUUCUGCUUUUAUGA